GACACACCGCCUAUUAGGUUGUCCCAUAGGAAUCAAACUGGGUUAUGUCACUAUUCCCUUAUCUCUUCUCUCCGAGACAAAGCGACGGCCAAGUAACUAGUAGCGAUUCACAGAAUUCCGUUGCCAAGACCAAGUAGAACCCAAACACAGCAGGCGAAUGGUGAACUGGACGGAUCCCAACGUCAUGCUGAAAUGCAGCACUAUUGUAGAACACACUAAUUUCGUAUGUCUUGGUCUAUACGCGUGGGAGUAUGCAAGAUCGUGGCAAAUUGAACUUGCCUUGGUAUGCAGACGCAUACCACCUAGAUGGCCUCUGCUGCCAUACAUCAUCGGUCGUAUCCUUCUUCUGUUGUCCAUGAUUAUGAUUUGCUGGCUCAGCAGUCCGACCUCCGCGAGCGUGAAUUGCCACAGCGCUUUUUUGGCUUUUACUUUUGCAGCAAAUUCAUCCAUUGGUUGUUCUUCUCUUAAUUUGAUGUUGCGACCAUUCAUAAUCUGGAGACCGUUCAAAUUUAUCCGUAUAUUUCUGGUAUUAGCCACGAUUGGCCACUGGAUCGUCCUAUUACGGGUAAUGGUUGCAUUCUCCGUCAUGAAAAUGAAUGGCAGUUGUGGUUUCAUGGUCAUUGAUCAUGAUAAUAUGACCACUAUAUUUGUCUACACGAUGGGUUAUGAUAUACUGGCGCUUGUUUUGACUAUAAUCGGCCUCCGAAAUAUACCAUCGUCUAAUACAAUGUGGGCAAUGUUGCGUAAACAGGGGAUAAAAUAUGUCUUGAUCACCUGCUUUGCAAAUAUCAUACCAGCCGUUGUGGCUUCAUUAAAUCUGAAUACUGCUAUGAACGUUGUAUUUGCGAUGCCAGCAUCUGCCAUCAGCACUAUCGCAUCCAGUCGAAUAAUUGUCGCUUUCCUAGACCUACAGUUGAGCUCCUGCGUGGAAGAGAUAAAUAGUAGAGAUGUGCCACUUACCACCGUGGUGACACUGCCCACCACAUCCUCUGUGGAUAUCCCAGACCUCGUAUGAUGUUUAGGACACAAUCGGUCCAUCAGUUUCUGAUGACAAACUUGGGGAAGCGGUUCCUUGACAGUAGGGUAUUACGGCCUUCACAGAACUGGCCACCCAUAGACUGGGUUUUGGGACAGUAAAGAAGGCAUCAGUAGACUUCGCCUCUUCCUCGUGCACUAGACUCCAUUCUCUUGCUUACUUGACGAUUUUGUCAAAGUAGGGAACUCGCAAAUAAAUUCUUCAACUUGUUUGGGGACGCCGCGGCCUUCUCGCGAACUA